UUGAUUAGUCGCCAUUUUAUUGAUUGUCAUUCUCAUUCAUACCUGACUGGGACAUAAUUUAUUUUUGUGAAAUAAUUGCAUUAAUCAAAAGUUAUUAUUUUAUUUGUGCAAAUAUUAUAAAAAAAAUAGUGUUACCAAGAUGAUGACAACAUUUCAGCAACAGCAGCUGUUGCUUAACAAUCUUAAAACGACUAAUGUUCCUUCUCCUCAGAGUGUUAACACAUCUAACGUAUCGCAGUCUGAAGAACCAGAACCUCCUGCACCAGGUACAGAAGAACCACCAGCUAAGAUUCCCAGAAUCGGAGGUCCUUGCGAAGGGAUCAGUUAUAUUUAUGAUUUGACGCAAACUGGAGAAGUUAUUACAGGGCCUGGAGCACGCAGCAACACUAUCGCUGGCAUUUUGGGGGGUGCUUUGCCAAAACUGUCUUCGGAUGAUGCCGACGCUGUCAGUAAAGCUAAGAAAUAUGCCAUGGAACAAAGUAUUCGUAUGGUUUUAAUGAAACAAACUAUUGCUUAUCAGCAACAGCAACAGGCUAGUCAGAGGACUCAGGUCCAGAGGCAGCAGGCUCUCGCCCUUAUGUGCAGGGUAUAUGUUGGGAGUAUAAGUUUUGAGCUAAAAGAGGACACGAUAAGGCAGUCGUUUCUACCAUUCGGACCGAUAAAAUCCAUUAACAUGUCAUGGGACCCGGUCACUCAGAAGCACAAAGGAUUUGCUUUCGUUGAGUAUGAAAUACCAGAGGCUGCACAGUUGGCCUUAGAACAGAUGAAUGGUGUAAUGAUAGGUGGUCGUAAUAUUAAAGUUGUAGGAAGGCCCAGCAACAUGCCGCAGGCACAAACCGUCAUCGACGAGAUACAAGAGGAAGCGAAGCAGUAUAAUAGGAUCUAUGUCGCCAGCAUUCAUCCUGACUUGACAGAAGACGACAUUAAAAGUGUUUUUGAAGCGUUCGGUCCCAUCAUAUACUGUAAACUUGCGCAGGGAAGCUCCGGUCACAAACACAAGGGAUACGGAUUCAUCGAGUACGAAACCGCACAGGCGGCGAACGAGGCCAUUGCCAGCAUGAACCUGUUCGACUUGGGUGGUCAGUAUUUACGUGUCGGAAGAGCCAUAACCCCUCCUAAUGCGCUCAUGGGACCUUCAUCCGGGUCAAGUGUAAUGCCUACGGCAGCUGCAGUGGCCGCGGCAGCUGCUACGGCAAAAAUACAAGCGAUGGACGCAGUGGCCAGCAAUGCGGUAGCUCUAGGACUGUCGAAUUUAAGUAAACCAACAACCAUUCCAGCAGCUACCCCCACUGUUGUUAUGCCAGGUAUCACCCAACCGGUGGUCAGCAUGCCUCAUGUGGUAACCACGCCCUCCAUAUCUUUGCCCGUUACAGCCGUCGCCCCGCCGUCUGUAAUACCACCUCCCGGAAUUGCGAUUCCUCAAAUUACCCAAAAUAACACCAUACAACCGGCCAUAGUCACACCUAUAGUAAACACGGUCCCACAAAUCCCCAUUCCCCCUCCUACUGUCAUUGCACCCCAGCCCAUUGUCAAUUCUUCCUCUCAAGAAGCCAUGAAACGGGCCCAGGAGGCGCAACUCAAACAACAGGAGGAGCUGCAAAAGAAACUUUUAGACCAGAAUGAACCCCAGACUUUACAGCAGCAGGAGAAUAUGUCUAUUAAAGGACAAAAUGCCAGACAUUUCGUCAUGCAGAAGCUCAUGAGGAAGGUGGACUCGAGAGUUGUUAUUUUAAGGAAUAUGGUUGGACCCGAAGAUGUAGACGAGACCCUACAAGAGGAAAUUCAAGAAGAAUGUAGUAAAUUUGGGGCUGUUGAAAGGGUGAUUAUUUACAACGAAAAACAGACGGAAGACGAUGACGAUAACGAUGUGAUAGUUAAGAUCUUCGUAGAAUUUGUAGAAACACAUGAAGCAGAAAAGGCAAGAGAUGCCCUAAACGGCAGAUAUUUUGGUGGAAGGAUGGUUCGAGCAGCACUCUACGAUCAGACUUUGUUUGACCAUAGUGAUUUUUCGGGUUAACUAGUGCUAUUGUACAUAAAAUUGUUUUCUACUGUGUAGGAGUUAUCGAUAUCCGUUAAGUAUGAAACUUAGGAUAUUUUACAAUUAACCCCAUGGAAAACAUUUAUUUUCAGAUUUUGUUUAGAAUUCGAUAAUUUUUACUAUUGAAUAGUGUUACAGUUAAAAAAAUAAAUGAACAAUUAUAUAACAAAGUCAGUAAAUAAACUAUCCUUUAAAUAAAUUAGUCACAACAAUGCACAUCACAUAUUUUGAGUUUCUUCUGAAUGUUACACUAUUAGAAAAGUCGUUUACUAUGCCUCAGGAGAUAAAUAUUUUUGAAAAUUUUGGGACUUCCAUUGUGUCCACCUUUUUUUUUGUGUAUUGAAUUGCUAAACAAAAUUUGA